GUCCCACAUCCGCUUCGUCACGCCCCAACGAGAGGCGGACGCGGAUCCAGCGACAUGGACAUGGCUCUAUAUAUGCCGUCGGUGGGGGAGCCCCUACAGGACGACCCAAGCAAGCAAGCUCGAUCUACUACUACUACUAGCUGGUACACAUACUAGCCAGCCUGCCAGCCAGCUUGCCAUGGCGCCCACCGUGAUGAUGGCCUCGUCGGCAACCGCCGUCGCCCCGUUCCAGGGUCUCAAGUCCGCCGCCAGCCUCCCCGUCGCCCGCCGCAGCACCAGGAGCCUCGGCAACGUCAGCAACGGCGGAAGGAUCCGGUGCAUGCAGGUGUGGCCGGCCUACGGCAACAAGAAGUUCGAGACGCUGUCGUACCUGCCGCCGCUGUCGACGGACGACCUGCUGAAGCAGGUGGACUACCUGCUGCGCAACGGCUGGAUACCCUGCCUCGAGUUCAGCAAGCUCGGGUUCGUGUACCGCGAGAACUCCACCUCCCCGUGCUACUACGACGGCCGCUACUGGACCAUGUGGAAGCUGCCCAUGUUCGGCUGCACCGACGCCACGCAGGUGUACAAGGAGCUGCAGGAGGCCAUCGCCGCGUACCCGGACGCCUUCCACCGCGUCAUCGGCUUCGACAACGUCAGGCAGACGCAGUGCGUCAGCUUCAUCGCCUACAAGCCCCCCGGCAGCGAGUAGAGACCGUGGCUAGAUCGACCCAUGGCCAUGCCUCUGCCUGUUGAUCGGAUCACCUUCUUGCAUUGGUUCCUCUCUCUCUCUCCCUCCUUUUUUUUCCCUUUAUCUCAUCAUUUCUUUUCUCCUGCAUGCAAUGGUUCCUUUUGCUUCCAACAAUUCUCCUGCUGAUGUAUCCAGCAUGGCAUCAUCCAUCUACAAUUACGUACGUAGUGCAACGACUGUCGAUUCGUUGGGUGAGGAACAUAUAUGUGAAUGCAAGCUCCGGCUACCAUACAUGUGUAAUGUGUAAUAGAUAUAUAUACAAAACUGCCGAGGCGCCGACAAUACUUUAAUAACUGGUCCUUUU